AUGGCUUUAACUCGCAGCUCAAGCUCUAGGCGCAGAAGCCGAACUGCCAACCGGCGCAAUCCUAAUAGCGCGUCCCGAGCAAUGAAUUCCCGUGCAAGGAGCCGUCCAAGGCCUAAUUAUGCGGAGGAUUCUACCGAAUCCGAUAAUAAUACCGAUGCGCAAUCUGCCACUACCUCCGAUUCGGACGUUGAGAGCAACCCCGGAACUACCACGAAUAGUUUAGAGCCAAGGCUGUCAAAUAUGCGAGUGUCACGAUCAGCCGCACGAGUCGAUGGAAAUCAACAGUUUCGAGCCAGCCCUGGUGGUGAUGUGGUCCAAAAUUCAUCUCUUGCGAGACGCAGGGUUGCCAGUGGCUCACGAGGACAAUCUGGGAAGAAACGACGUCGAAUCCCAGCACCGGCAAACGCUAAGAGGCGCAAAAUACUCCCUCAACCUGCUGCCUCCAUCGACUCUAUAUCACCUGCUUUUAUCCCAGACUGGCAAGACCCUCGCGUGCCCUUUGGGUGCUGGUCUGAUAUUUUCCUGUAUGCCGCUCGAGAGGGCUCUACAGACGUGCUGUCCAACAGUUGGUUGAUUCAGUCUGCGACCAUUUGCAAGGCAUUCUCCGAGCCUGCACUCACUGCCGUAUAUCGUUGUCCCACCAUUAAAAAUACCGCCAAGGCCAAACGGCUAGCACUUUUGCUUAAUCAACCUCCUUCGCAGACCCUGUAUAACUACAGGGUAAAGGUGGAGGCACUGCACAUCAACGUUCAAAUUGUGCCGUUGGCGCUCUUAUAUCAACUAAUUAGCCCACUCUCUCGCCUCAAAGAGUUGAUACUCUAUACCUCCAUGGAUCAACCCCCUUACAGAGACUUAGACCAGACUCUUCGCUGGCACUAUCCCGAGGAUAUUUUCCGGGCUCUGAACGCCGCCUCUCCUGAUUGCGCUUUGGCAGGUGAAAAGCCCUUCCCAACUACCCUGAAGAGCUGGGAAUGGAGUGGCAGGUUUCUUGGAAAUUACGUUCCCACGAUCGAUGCCAUGUCAGACCUCCAUCGGAUGGCGCCUUUCGCACAGCUCACUAGACUAAGUUUAACCAACUUCCAGGUGCCAUCACUGAAAAACCUGCAAAUAAAAUCGGGUUCUGAGGAACUACAGACCUACCACGAGGACGGUAGAGUUAUCCAAGCCAUGGCCCACGCUAUUUCACAACUGAAUUCGCUGAAACACCUUGUCUUUGAGUCCUCGACCGUGAUGAAUGAUCGGUUGCUCCCACUGCUACCAAGAAAUCUUGUCCACUUUGAGCUAAUCAAUUGCUGGGAAAUUAGGUCUGAGGACUUGUCCUUGUUCCUUCGGACCCAUGGUGUUGGACUCAGAAUUUUGACCCUCAUGCACAACCAGUCGCUUGACCUAGCAUUCCUCACAGACCUGGCCGACACAUGUCCAAACUUGAGAGAGUUACACAUGAACUUGUCGUACUAUCGGCAUCAUGAUUGUAUAAAUGACGCCGACCCAAUGUACGACCAAGCACUGCUGCCAUCUCAGACACCAAAAUGGCCAUCUAGCCUCAGGGUCCUCGAUAUCGAGCAUAUUCGGGACUGGUCAGUAGAAACUGCCGAGAUGUUCUUCCAAUCGAUCAUCAGCAGCGCACCGCAUUUACCACAUCUGAGGUUUCUUGCCAUCAAGACAAUGCUAGACAUUCCUUGGCAAGUACGCGCAAAACUGCGCCAUGAGUGGCGCGAGAAGAUGGAGAGGGUCUUUCUCCGCCCGUUUGUCCCCCCAAAUCUCCACACAACACUGCGCGAACCAGAUGAGCGUGGAAUUCUUCCGGCGUUAAAGAAGACACGGUCGUUGGAGUCCACAUCACCAUCCCGCCGUAGCAGCAGAAUUGCCUCCAACAGCCAGUGCUCGGACGCUCGAAGCCGACUCGGCAAAUCUACACGUCAUCAACAUGGAAAUCCUUCAUACAAAGAGCCUGAUACAGAUGACGACGAGUUUAAUGCCACGGAGGGACAUGAUGACGACGAUGACGACAAUGAAGAAGAUGAUGAAGAUGACGGAAAAGAAGCACUUGGUAGCAGCACGAGUCCGCAGAAUUUUGUGCAUGGAAAAUGCACAACUGUGAACAUCCUGUUCGACAAUCAAAAAAUGCGAGAACUACAGUACAGUAUGGAGGAUUUUGGUUCGGAGCAAUCAGACUCGGAGGAGGAGUGGGAUGGUGAUUACGAAGACGACGAACAUGUCGUGGCCUUCUAA